AUGAGAGUCGUCCUCCUGCUUUCGGGACUCUGCCUGGUGAGCUGCCAGGAGCCCUGGCCCAGUGACUCCAUCGGUGAGCGCACCGUGGAGCGCAUCUCUGCGGGCAAGCGGGCGGGCAAGUUCAUUGCCUGUACCGUGUGUGAACAUGUGGUGCAGUCGGCGCUGCCCAAGACGAGCGAGGUCGACGACCUCAGGAAGAUCCUUGCAUCGGAAGAGUUCGUAGAGCACCUCGGCGAUGCAAAGACGACUUGUGGUAUGAAGCGCCUGGCGACUCUUUUCAAGCGGCUCAAGCUCGAGGUGGCAGCGCUGCCAGACGGCACGGCUGAGCUCAGGGCUACAAAGAGCCACUCUGAGCCCUUCUACGAAGAGAUCAACAAGAGCGAGCUGGCAUUUCACUGGAAGUCCUUCGCAGUGGAACAUGCCUGUCUGGAAGUCUUCAGACAAGACGCUGACAGCGUCCACAGUGCUAUGCUGAAAGAGUUUGACAAGCUCGUCGCUGACACUCCCACAGAGGAGCAGGAGGUGCGCGGACAGAUGCACACAGCAGCUCAGACGGCCUGUGGGCGGACCAAGUUCUGCAGGUGA